AUGAACGUUGAUACUCCACAGCCAGUCAUACCAGGGGGCUCUUCUUCCAUUUCCUCGACAUCCAGUAAUUGCAUCACUAACAACAAUGCAGCAACUAAUGUCAGCAGCAUCCCCUCGGUUGCCAUAAGUAAUGGUAAGUAUUUACACACAUUUUGAGGUUAUAAACAGCUUUAGAGACGGUUACACAACAGAUGAAUGGUCUGCUAUCUACUAGUUAAGCUAACUAGGUCAAAAGUGACUCAGAACCUUUGAAAUUAUUCAAGUACAGUAGCCCACACACCAUAUAGCACUAUACAGAACUUGAAAACCAUCUUAGAUCUAGCACGUUCAUUGCUGGCUGCUUUGUGAAACAGUCAACAGCUUAGCCCAGAGCUGGACCUUGGCUAUCAACAUCUCAGCUACAUUUAGGAAAAUAUUAAACCAUGUAAUUAUUUAUUUUUUGUUUCAGCCCCAACCUCGGCUGCCAUGGCCACACCAUCAUCUGACACAUCCGUGUCCAACGGGGUCUAUGUGCCCAGUGGCAUUGCCAACGGCGACGUGAAGCCUGUAAUCUCCACCACACCACUGGCUGACUUUCUCAUGCAGUUGGAGGACUACACUCCUACAGUGAGUCAAACCCCUUUUUAAAGUCGUAACGUUAGUUCACGAGAAGACAUGUAGAUAACUUUUUUCACAUACCUAGGCUGAUGUCGAUUGACUUAUAUACAGUGCAUUCGGAACGUAUUCAGACCCCUUGACCGUUAAUAAUAAUAAUAAUAAUAAUAAUAAUAUGCCAUUUAGCAGACGCUUUUAUCCAAAGCGACUUACAGUCAUGCGUGCAUACAUUAUUAUUUUUUGUGUAUGGGUGGUCCCGGGGAUCGAACCCACUACCUUGGCGUUACAAGCGCCGUGCUCUACCAGCUGAGCUACAGAGGACCACAUUAUUAUCGUUAACACAUUUUGUUGCGUUAAAGCCUUAUUCUAAAAUGGAUUACAUUUUUUUAAAGGCCUCAAUCUACACACAAUACCCCAUAAUGACAAAGCGAAAACAGGGUUUUCCUUAUUUACAUAAGUAUUCAGACCCUUUGCUAUGAGACUCGAAAUUGAGCUCAUGUGCAUCCUGUUUCCAUUGAUCAUCCUUGAGAUGUUUCUACAACUUGAUUGGAGUCCACCUGUGCUGAAUUCAAAUGAUUGGACAUGAUUUGGAAAGGCACACACCUGUCUAUAUAAGGUCCCACAGUUGACAGUGCAUGUCAGAGCAAAAACCAAGCCAUGAGGUAGAAGGAAUUUUCCGUAGAGCUCCGAGACAGGAUUGUGUCGAGGCACAGAUCUGGGGAAGGUCUGGGGAAAACAUUUCUGCAGCAUUGACAGUCCCCAAGAAUACAGUGGCCUCCAUCAUUCUUAAAUGGAAGAAGUUUGGAACCAGCAAGACUCUUCCUAGAGCUGGACGCCCGGCCAAACUGAGCAAUAGGGGGAGAAGGGCCUUGGUCAGGGAGGUGACCAAGAACCAGAUGGUCACUCUGACAGAGCUCUAGAGUUCCUUUGUGGAUAUGGGACAACCUUCCAGAAGGACAACCAUCUCUGCAGCCCUCCACCAAUCAGGCCUUUAUGGUAGAGUGGCCAGACGGAAGCCACUCCUCAGUAAAAGGCACAUGACAGCCGCUUUGAGUUUGCCAAAAGGCACCUAAAGGACUCUGACUAUGAGAAACAAGAUUCUCUGGUCUGAUGAAACCAAGAUUAAACUAUUUGGGCUGAAUGCCAAGCAUCACAUCUGGAGGAAACCUGGCACCAUCCCUACGGUGAAGCUUGGUGGUGGCAGCAUCAUGUUGUGGGUUUGUUUUUCAGCGGCAGGGACUGGGAGACUAGUCAGGAUCGAGGAAAAUAUGAACAAAGCAAAGUACAGAGAGAUCCUUGAUGAAAACCUGCUCCAGAGCGCUCAGGACCUCAGACUGGGGCGAAGGUUCACCUUCCAACAGGACAACGACCCUAAGCACACAGCCAAGACAACGCAGGAGUGGCUUCGGGACAAGUCUCUGAAUGUCCUUGAGUGGCCCGGCCAGAGCCCGGACUUGAACCCGAUCUAACAUCUCUGGAGAGACCUUACAAUAGCUGUGCAGCGACGCUCCCCAUCCAACCUGACAGAGCUUGAGAGGAUCUGCAGAGAAGAAUGGGAGAAACCCCCCAAAUACAGGUGUGCCAAGCUUGUAGCGUCAUAUCCAAGAAGACUUGAGGCUGUAAUCGCUGCCAAAGGUGCUUCAACAAAGUACUGAGUAAAGGGUCUGAAUACUUACAGUACCAGUCAAAAGUUUGGACACAGCUACUCAUUCUAGGGUUUUUCUUUAUUUUGACUAUUUUCUACAUUGUAGAAUAAUAAUGAAGACAUCAAAACUAUGAAAUAACACAUUGAAUCAUGUAGUAACCAAAACAAGUGUUAAACAAAUCAAAAUAUUUUAUAUUUGAUAUUUUAUAGGUUUUGAGAAUGAGUAAAAAAUAAAGAAAAACCCUUGAAUGAGUAGGUGUGUCCAAACCUUUGACUGGUAGUGUAUGUAAAUGUGAUAUUUCAGUUUUUUAUUUUUAAUACAUUUGCUAAGAUUUCAAAAAAACGGUUUUUGCUUUGUCAUUAUGGGGUAUUGUGUGUAGACUGAUUAGGGGAAAAAACAAUUUUAUCCAUUUUAGAAUAAGGCUGUAACUAAACAGAAUGUGGAAAAAGUCAAGGGGUCUGAAUACUUUCCGAAUGCACUGUACAUAUUGCAUAUUUGGGUUAUGUAGUUAUAAGAAGCCUCUGAUUAAUUUAGCAUGUAAAUGGACUCCGGUAUCAACUGUGGGGAUGCUAGGGUACAGAAUACCUUACCAAAACACAUCACAAUGACUUCAGUCCAACCUCUACCAUUUGUUUGCCAGAUCCCUGAUGCAGUGACAGGCUACUAUCUCAACCGGGCUGGCUUUGAGGCGUCUGAUCCGCGAAUGUAAGCAUGCAUCAUAUUGUUUACCUCUUUACCUGCAAAGAGUCCUCUCCAUCUCUUUCAGCUUUAUACCAAUUCAAUAUCAACUCACUUGAGCGCCAAACAUAAACAUUAUAUAUGCCCAUCGUUUUCAGAAUCCUUUUGGUCUCCCUAGCAGCUCAGAAGUUCAUCUCAGACAUUGCUAACGAGCCAAACGUAAACAUUAUAUAUGCCCAUCGUUUUCAGAAUCCGUUUGGUCUCCCUAGCAGCUCAGAAGUUCAUCUCAGACAUUGCUAACGAUGCCCUGCAGCAUUGUAAAAUGAAGGGCACUGCCUCGGGGAGCUCCAGGAACAAGACAAAGGUUGGUGCAUUUCUGAUGGUACUGAAACAUAACAUAGGCUAUACAUCUCAGUGAAUUAACACAUUAACUGUUUAUAUGAGUUGCACAGAAUUAUUCAUGCAUAUGUAUACAUUUAUUUUUGAUUGGUUUCUCACUUUGUCCUCCCACCUCUUCUCUCCCAAAGCAGGACAAGAAGUACACAUUGACCAUGGAGGACCUCUCCCCUGCCCUGUCCGAGUAUGGCAUCAAUGUAAAGAAACCUCAUUACUUCACAUAG